UUCCCGCGCACGACCACCACCACCGCCCGACCUCUCGCCCCGCCGUCCACGUCUCCUGCCCAGCAUGUCGUCCGCAGACGUCGCCAGCUCGCCGAGCACAUACGCCGGACACCUCUCCAACGGCGACGGCAUGGCCGCGUCGCGCGCCUACCGCCCCACGCACCCCGAGCUCUUCGAGGUGCGCUUCGAGGAAGGCGCGUACAACUCGAGCCUCGUCGCGCUGCGGAGCUUCAAGAAGGACGAGGUCAUCGCAGCCAUGACAGCGGCCACGCCAAGCUCGCAGAUCCGCUACUCGACAGUGCAGGUCAGCGAGCAGAGCCACAUCGAGCUAAACAGCGACCUGCUGUACUGCAACCACUCCUGCUCGCCAUCAGUGCGCUUCGACGUUUCGACGCCCGCCUCCGAGGCAUCGGGACGUGGAGCCUGGGCCGCGCGCGCGGAGCAAGACAUUGCCAAGGGCGACGUGCUGACGUUCUUCUACCCCUCGACCGAGUGGCACAUGUCGCAGCCGUUCCAGUGCAACUGCGGCUCGUCGCAAUGUCUCGGCAUGAUCUCCGGCGCCCAGCACAUCGAUGCCAAGAAGCUCGCACGCUACUUCCUCAAUGCGCACAUUCUGCGCCUGAAGGAGGCGCAGCUGGUGCAGGCGGGCGACGCCGAGGGCGCUCGCAUGCUCGUCGAUGGGCGCAACGACGUCCUCGGACGCGCACAGCCCGACGAGCAGACGGCAUGAUGCCUCGCCGCAUGCCUCGCCGCACGGCAUAG